UCAAGAAAAUUUUCCUCUUGUUUUAUAACUGACGUCUUUGUUGAUUAUUGGUAUUUUUUUUUGCUGCGGCUCCUUUCAAAUCGCAAGCUCUGUCACAUUUCUACUGGAUCUAAAAAUAACAAACUGUGUUCGCACAUGUGCCGCCAUCCCGGCUCCGCGUUAUGCUCACUUCUGUUCUGCUACGCUUGACGAACGUGUGCGGCGUUAAUGUUCUCUUCCAGGUGGGCCCACGGUUGCCAAGGCAACCGAACGGGCUGCGGCCUAGCUUGGAUGGACGAAGCCUAGGGCUCUCCUGCGGUGCGGCCCUACGUUGCUUUAUUAUAUCUCCGGGCGGGGAGGGGAGGAGCUUCCGCUCCCCUCCCGGAGCGGGCUGCGGCAGGAACUUUCCCUGCAUCCCCACAUCGAGCCCACGCUGCAGUAAGAGUCCCCUCGGAGGUUGGCCAACAGUACCGACGGGCGGCGGAGCUGCCUGGUUUUGCUUCAUUCCCUGCUGCGCUUUCUGCAGUCUUGAGUCAUCUCCGCCAAACCGCAAAGCGAAAAGAGGCAGCAGAAUGUCAACAAGCCCGAUCACCGCCAAACAGAAGAUGAAGUCGCCCUUUCGGAAGAGGGCUAGUCUGCAAAAUGCAUCCCCCUCUGAUCUGAAAAGUUCCCCAGGCCUAUACCCUUUGACAACUCAGCGAUCCUUACCUGGAACUCCUAUUUCCCUCAAGCACUUUCCAAUCGACCUGCGUACAUCAAUGGAUGGAAAAUACAAGGAAAUUGCUGAGGAGCUGUUCACGCGCUCAUUGGCAGAGAGUGAGGUACGUAGCGCCCCCUAUGAGUUUCCAGAAGCCAGUCCUAUUGAGCAGCUAGAAGAACGGCGUCAUCGCUUGGAACGACAGAUCAGCCAGGAUGUCCGGUAUGAGCCCGAGAUUUUGGUCAGAGCCAAGCAGGACUUCAUGAAAAUUGACAGCGCCACUGACCUUGAGUACAUGAAAGAAGAAAGUGAUGUUGCAGUGGAUCAUGCCAUUGAAAAGGAACUCAUUCUUGAGCGAGAAUUCCAGCGUGUCACCAUAUGUGGGGAAGAAAAAUGUGGGGUUCCAUUUACUGAUUUGCUAGACGCAGCAAAGUGCAUUGUGAAAGCAUUGUUUAUCCGAGAAAAGUAUAUGGCUUUAUCUAUGCAAGGAUUUUGCAAAACCACAGCACGCUUCAUUCGGGAGCUAGGUGACAAACCACCAGAAUUGCAAGUGUAUGAAGAGAUUCCUGAGACCCCAGUGUCUGCAGAUGCUCCAGUUCACCCUCCUGUAUCAAAGACACACCCAUAUGAGAACCUGGAUCCUAGCAGCAUGCCUCCUGAUAUGGGGUUUGGAUGCAAGAUGGUAGAUGGUGUAAUCCAUGUCUAUAAAAGAUCAAAUGAAAUGCAGAAGGGUACAGAACUGGAUUUGCCUUACACAAACCUCCAGGAGUACAUUGCUGACAUGAAUGUCCUAAUGGCGCUGAUCAUCAAUGGACCAGUGAAGUCAUUUUGUUACCGGCGGUUACAGUACCUGAGCUCCAAGUUUCAGAUGCACAUCCUCCUAAAUGAGAUGAAGGAGCUAGCUGCGCAGAAGAAGGUGCCUCAUCGGGAUUUUUACAAUAUUCGAAAGGUGGACACGCACAUCCAUGCUUCUUCCUGCAUGAAUCAGAAGCAUUUGCUUCGUUUUAUCAAGCGUGCAAUGAAGAAGUACCCAGGUGAGAUUGUCCACAUUGAAAAUGGCAAGGGACAGACACUAAUGGAGGUGUUUGAAAGCAUGAACCUUACUGCCUUUGACCUAAGCGUGGACACCUUGGACAUGCAUGCUGACCGCAACACAUUCCAUCGAUUUGACAAGUUCAAUGCCAAGUACAACCCUAUAGGAGAAUCUAUUCUGAGAGAGAUCUUCAUUAAAACUGACAAUUAUAUUGAAGGAAAAUAUUUUGGGCAUAUCAUUAAGGAGGUGAUGGAGGAUCUAGAGGAAAGCAAAUAUCAGAAUGUGGAGCUGCGCCUGUCCAUCUAUGGUCGUUCUCGGGAUGAGUGGGACAAGCUUGCUUGCUGGGCUGUCACACACAAGGUCUACUCUGAUAAUGUCCGCUGGCUAGUACAGAUCCCGCGGCUUUUUGAUGUUUACCAUACAAAGAGGCAGCUGAACAAUUUUCAGGAGAUGCUUGAAAAUGUCUUUUUGCCACUGUUUGAGGUUACCAUAAAUCCCCGCAGCCACCCAGAGCUGCAUCUCUUCCUUCAACACGUGGUUGGAUUUGAUAGUGUGGAUGAUGAGUCUAAACCAGAGCAUCACAUUUUCAACUUAGACAGUCCUCUGCCAGCCAACUGGACUGAAGAGGACAAUCCACCAUACUCUUACUACUUGUACUACAUGUAUGCAAACAUGACAGUCCUAAAUCAUCUCCGUAGGAUGCGCUCAUUUCAUACAUUUGUUUUACGCCCACACUGUGGAGAGGCAGGCCCUAUACACCAUCUCAUCUCUGGGUUUAUGCUGUCUGAGAAUAUUUCUCAUGGUUUGCUUUUGCGUAAGGCACCAGUGCUCCAGUACUUGUACUACUUGGCUCAGAUUGGAAUUGCCAUGUCACCACUAAGCAAUAACAGCCUCUUUCUAAGCUACCAUAGAAACCCUCUUCCUGAAUAUCUCUCUCGAGGCCUUGUAGUGUCCUUAUCAACAGACGACCCUUUACAGUUCCAUUUUACCAAGGAACCCUUAAUGGAAGAGUACAGCAUUGCUGCUCAAGUGUGGAAGCUCAGCUCCUGUGAUAUGUGUGAGCUGGCCAGGAACAGCGUACUUAUGAGUGGAUUCUCUCACAAGGUAAAGAGUUACUGGUUGGGCCCGAAUUACAACAAGCAGGGACCAGAAGGCAAUGACAUUCGGCGUACAAAUUUGCCAGAUAUCCGUGUAGCCUACCGCUAUGAGACACUGUGUGAAGAGCUCCUCUUGAUUACACAGGCAGUUCGAACUGAAGAACUAGAGACCAUAGAAGAAGAAGACACCCUGUCCAUGGCCCCUGUUCCAGGUUCCCGAUAAGCUUUGCAAAACCUUACAAUUGGAUUCAACUCACAAAUACAGAUAUUGUCUUCUCUUGUAUUAAGAUCCUUCUAACAUUGUUACAUGCUGUCCUUCUAGACAAAGAAGCACACUUUGCCCUCUGAGAAGAGGGAAUUCCUUAUCUGUUUUGUAAACAUGUUAAUUAUUUAUUACUAUUAUGUCUAAACAUAUGCUAAGACAUAAUCUUAACUGGAGAAUAUGUUUACUUGUUUUUUGCUAGCGAUACAAAAAGCUGGUAGGGGUUUGUGUAGCUGACUCACCAAUGAUUUCCCCACAGACAAAUGUGGACUGGUGAGAGGCGUUUCUAAAGAGCUGUGCUUGUUUCAGCAACUGUAUCUUUGUAGUUUUAUUUUUUGCAUUUAUGUUACAGUAAGGUAACUUUGCAUACUGACUGCAUAAUUUUAUGGCAGAAUGCAUAAAAUUCAGUUCAAAGCCUGUCACUGUUAAAUUAGAUUGGAUGCGUAUUUAAGAAAAAGGCAACACAGUUUAUUUUAAAAUUGUAUACUGUGAAAUCUAAGUGUUGUGUUACUGUAUUGUUUUAAUCUUUCAAAGUAAAGUAUAUGGACCACCAGUGAAAUCGAUGGGAAGUGCAAAGAGCUGACUGCCAUAAGCCUAAAAGUUUGUAUGUUUGAGUCUCUUUUACAUUGCAUAACACAAAUAGAAUAAAGCUCUGAAGCCUUCCAAAUUGUCAAUCUAAGAAGAAAAAAAAUCCAUAUGCUUUUAUUAAAAAGAUUAUUAAUCAUAAAUACAGCUGAAAAGGGGCAUUAUUGUGUAAGCAUGCAGAAGUGUGAUAUGUAAAUAUUGGUCGAAUUUAAACAAGUUGCUUAUAGAAAGGAGAGAAAACGUUUGCUUCAUCAGUGUGAUUAUAAUGAUAAAAGUACUGUAUCUGCCUCACUAAGCCAGGUUUGGCACAGCUGGCAGCUCCCUCAUUGCCUGCAGUAAGAAGCCAUUUGUUUCUAAUUCUUUACGCUAUGUCGUUGGCCUUCCUUCUGGUAAUGCAUUGCAAAAGUGCACUUUUAUAACAUUUUAAGUCUGGCAUAUUUGCCUGUUUUUAAGACUAGGGUAUGCUGCUGUUCCACAGUCUAUUUUUAAUAUAUACUUGUUGAAUAAGAGAGAGAGUUGAAUUACAUAAUGAAUGAAAUUAAUUCAAAAUAACAUUUUUUAUGAUAUGCAAAACUAGACUAUGUGUUGAUUUUGCUUUUCUCUUUAUCAAACAGCACUUUGACCUUUUUUUGUUUUUGUUUUUCCUCAAAAUGACAAGAAUGUGUUUUGAGUCAGUGUUGGUACUACUUUUCAGAACAUGUUUGGAAAGAAUGACUUCAUUGGACCACUCCCUUUUAAAAGCUGGAAGCACAAGUUAAUGAAGUGAAGGUCAGCACUGGAGACUUGUGAAACUGGUGCUGACUCUGUAACAGGAUUUGUCUGGGCUGGAUCAGUGAUAGAAGCUGACAUGAGCAGCUACCAAGACAUGAUAUUGUUGAUGUCAUCCCAUUGGCAAAUCUGUAUGCUAGCAUACAAUAUAUCUUCAGACUAUUCUAGAUAUACGGAAUAUAGUCUGCAAAAAUCUGGCUCAAGUAAUGCUUGCCAAAGCAAGUUCAUUUGAAGCGGUCACUGACUUGAGAUGUUGCAAGAUGUGUCACAUACACAAGCAGAGUAGAACCGUUUGUAACUACAGGUUUAGGUCUGUGAUAUGCUGACGCAUGAACCUAGAACUUUCAGUAGGUCUUUAGAAUUACACUGUUUGAAUGGGUGAGUCUGUGCACAUAGUGUUGCCAGGCAUCACAUUAUUAUCUCAUUUUUAUUUAUUUUGUUUUAUUAAUGUAAACUGCAUUUCUUAAGAACCAUAUUUUUCACUAAGCAAUCUGAAUUAAAAAUGAACAAAAAAAGCUUAACAAAUAAGCCCAUUAAGUUUAAAAGACAAACAUUUCUAAUGUGAUCAGUAGGGAAAGAAUCAGUCAAUUACACUUUAUUUUAUACAGUAUGAGUUUGAGUGAGCAUCAUUACAAGUUGCUUUAAAAUUAAAAUAAAACUAAUUUUAACAUCCACUCACCAGAGAACUUUUGCCUUAAUACUUGCAACACUGUGCAUAGCAGAGCUGUUCUUUUUGUUUGCUGCAUGGCAAAAAAGUGAUUCGAGGUGAAGCAUAUUAAUGUUGUGCAUCACCGUUUCUGACAUGCAAGAGGUCAAGAACUGUUUCAAAUAACCUUCAGGCCAGUAAACCAAAUAAAACCUUCCUAGCCAUAACUCACAUUCUGAAAGAAUGUGCAAUUACACGUAUGGUUAUAUUAGAAUGACAAUGUAACUGUACUCUGAUGUAUAAGUAAUGAAAAAAGCCUUCAGAUACUACCUCCAUGGAAGGUGAAAAUUUUGAUUCUCUGUUAUGUAGACUUCAUUUCUGGACCUUUGAUCCACUCACAGGCUUAAAUUUGAUGUUGAACCUAUGAAGUUGUUAGAAAUGUAAGGAUGCAUACGUUAAUGUGUCCUGUUCUCCUAACCCUGCCACCAGUCUGCUUUAGACAAGUAGUAAAAUCAAUGUUAAGAUUGUUAUAAUAAUGAAUUGAUUCCAAGCCGACUAUUUUGAAUGAGUAAAUUUGUCUUUCCCACAUUGUUGAUGAAUUAAUCUUACCUCUUAAAAGCUUGAUAGGACAAGAGUAAAUUGUUCUUCAGGAAACAUGAAGCUUGUUUGUUUGUCACACUAUGCGACUCUUCAAUUCCACCCGGGGGAUAAACGUUAACAUUAUACAAAGUUACUGUCUGUUAUACCUGCAUUUUUAUCACUCUUUAAUUUAAUAUUGUUUUUUUAUCAGUAUGCUGCUGCUGGAGUAUGUGAAUUUCCCCUUGGGAUUAAUAAAGUAUCUAUCUAUCUAUUGUGACACUAUGGGUCACUGUUGCCCCGUAAAACCCACAGACAACACGUCUAAACACCAGGUAAAAGUCCCAGUAAUAUUUUUAAUUAUUACUAUAAUGUGCACAAAGCACCUCCACAAUACACAAUAAUAAACAAUCCUCCUCUCCACCCAGCAGCUCUGUCACACUUCCUCCCAACUCUGGCCCAGUCUGCUGGGUUUCCACAAGUCUUUAUAUAGUCCAUGACCCGGAAGUGCUUCUCUCCUUCAGUCCAUGUGAUUCCAUAGCACUUCCGGGUCAUAUGGAAACUCUUAUUUUUCUUCAGCCCGGAAGUACUUCAGUUCUUCCGUCCCCGUGUCUAGGGAGUACUUCCGGGCUAUAGGGAAAAUAGCAAUCCCUGUGCCUCCCUGCAGUGUGCCCUGGCGGCACCCACAGCAUCCAGCAGGGCUGUGAAGCCGAACUCCAUUUUCCAUGAUGCCCUGUGGGAAUCCGGGGCACCACCAUGUUGCAGGGAGGACUCUGGCCGGGAUUAUCUAUCUAUCUAUCUAUCUAUCUAUCUAUCUAUCUAUCUAUCUAUCUAGUACUCCAGCAUUCCCAUGUACUCAAUGUGAAUGUGUAACUACCUUGUGCUCAUCAUUUGGAAAAGGGCACAGCAGAACGUACGUGUAUUGUGAUCACAGUAGCCGAAAUGAGGUAUUCUUCAUAAAUUAUUACUUUAUUAUUUACAAAUAUCUGUAAAAUUAUAUAUUCUUAAUAUAUCCUAUCUAAUAUUCUCACAAUCUCUUAAAAUUAUUUUUAACAUAAAACUCAACUAUUAUUAAGAUGGAUAUUAAAAAUGAUGGAUAUGAAAAAUGAUCAACAGUGAAUGUGUAACUGUCUGAAUCUUCUACCUAGUUGUGGACAUUGGAGAUUUAAAGUUCUUCAUUUUGUUUAAUGUAUCUGUAAUUAUUAAAUAGUGGGGUAUAAUAUUUUUUGAGUGAUCCACUACCUGUAUGCAAAAUCUUCAUUUUAUAAAAUGUCAAAGAAGGAUUUUAAUUCUACACGAAUAUAUUUUGUGUUGAAAAUGAGUAUAUGAACACUAGUAGAGCAUGAUGAUGGAUGCUCAGAUUAUAUAUAUAUAUAUAAAAUGUGUGCGUGUACAAUAUUUUGAUGCUGUGUAAGAAGAAAACCUAAUUAGCUGAUUUGAAUUUCUGUUAAGUUCACAAACCGCCUUAUUGAGCUAUCAAGGGGCAUAAUGGAAGGAUUUGACUGGGCACUGCCAUGUGUUAGUCUUCUUAUAUUUAUUGCUCAUUUAAAUAAUAAUGUAUUGCUGUCUGGAUAGCUUCUUGAUAUUAACUAACUUCAGAGAACACUAUUUAACAAACAGUAUUUUUUUAGUUUUGUUCAUUUAACUGUUUCCUUUUACCUGGGCAGCAUUUUAACACAUCAAAAUAAUGAAGCAUUAGCCUAAAGAUAUUUUUCACCUCCCUCAUUUUUACUUUUUUUAAUCACACCUCAGCAACAAAUUAAUUUUUGUAUUGUGGGAAUGUCUGAAGAGAAGAAGGUAUUAUUCACUUUCUGUGAAUAAUUGGCAUGUUCUCCCUUAAGUUUCCAUUAAUUUUCUCCUGGUUCUUUAAUUGUAUUGCAUAUUUACUUCAAGUUAUGCAACAUUUAGGCCAAAUAGCAACUUAGAACUCCCCCUGUGUGACAAUGGACAUGUGAGGGUAUGUGCCUUGCAGUCAAAUAGCACACUGUCUGCGUUUUUGUAUAAGCGGGUUUUAGAAAAUGAUGACUGCAUGGCAUGGUGGGUUUAUUCUCCGCCUUCAUAAACAUCUGUUAACUAGGUCUUGUAUGCCUCCUGCUAUGAAAGGUGCCACAUUGUAUUGAUUUAACUCUCGCUUUUUUGUUUUGCCUCCUUUAGUUUGUGUAUGGAUUGUACUUUAUACAGUAGAUGUACAGAAAAUAUUUUUCUUCUUUUGAAGUCCAUGAAAGAGGCUGUUUAACACGUUUAGCACAUUCGGUGUGGUAUUUAACUUGCAUUAGAGGGCAGUAGCACCAAGACAUUACAAGGAUGCUGGCACUGAAACUUCAGUUUACACCUUGCAAGGAGUAGGUUAAAACCUGCUGAACACGUGAUGUCCUUGCCUGACAGCUUUUAAAUUAUACAAGUUGUUAAGUUAUCUUUUACAACAGAGUACAGCUAAAGCUUGAUGCCAUAAAGUUUUGGCAUUGUCUUUUCUCCAUUUGCCAUAUCAAAAAACUGUGGUUUCCAGCUUAAUUUGGCACAUAGUUGCAGAGUAACUUAACAAUGUUCUUCCUAAUCCAUACUGAAAAGCUUUCCUAAUUAUAAGCAGGGUAUUUUUCCAUCUAAAUGGAUUUGGCCUUCUUGUCCAUUUGUACUGUCUUCUUAUAAGAAGCUUUAGAAAUGAGGGGUCAUCCCUUUGGUCCUGCCUUUGUAGUAACUUUAGCAUCAUCAUCUUUAUUCAACUUGCCGAAAGUGAUCACACUUGAAUGGAUAUAAAUGCACGCAAAUCAAUGUAGUUUCAGGUGCUUGUUUUGAAAAUAUAUUUUUUCACUAGUCCUUCACUCUUCACUGUGUUAUUUAAUCUCCGAGUACAAGUAGGGAUAAUUAAACAGUUGAAUAUUUUUCCUGUGACGUAUUUAAAGUGGUCUAAAUUUGCAUGACCUGCUUUUUAAACAACUGAGCUUGCUGAGACAUGGUAGUGCUGUCUUCAACACAGUGGUACUUCAUUUCUGAUUCAGCAUGUAAAUAAAUGUUUUAAACUUGCAACCAAUGUAUGCACUUUGUAUUAAAUUAGCAAGAAAUGCUCAAGGUACUAGUAAACUGUUGAAUGUUUGAGCUAGUCAUCAGCAUAUUGUGAUCUGUUUUUGCGUCUACCAUUUUUGUUAAGGUAUUUUGUGUGUUGAAAGUGGAUGCAAGAAAAAAAGUGUUAAAUGGAUUUUUUUUUCAUCCUUCUUUGCUGUUUCUACUGAGUCUUUGUGUACUCCUUAACUGAAAGCAGCUUUCAUAACUCGUGAUGAUGAAAGAAUUACUGCUUAGCAGUGGAAAAUUAAAAGACUGGCUUCAGUGGGUUUGGUCAUUGCACAUUGACAACAAUUACAAGAGCAUGAAAUCCAUUGACUUAUUUUUCUAAUAACACCUUGCUGUGUUCUACACAGCUAUUAGUGUCAAUUCCACAGGAAAUAAAGGAUUGAUGGCGGCAAAUCCAGGCCUAAACUGCUUAUUUGUUUCAUACCUUAAAAUGCAGAUUCUGCAUAAACAGUGGCAUUUAUUCUCAGAGCAACAGAGUCCCUUUUUUAUUUUUCAGUUCUUUUUGUAAAUUGAAUGUUACAACCUUCAUUUAUUGUUCAUUCUUCAAAAUGCAUUCAAUUGAUCCCGUCCAUUUUUUUAACUGCAGCUUCACUGUGUUAACAGUGUGUUCUUCAAUGCCAAUUUGUGUUUUAAAAUGGUGUAACUGUGAAAUGCAUUUAACCUAUUACUGAUGUAAUGUUUAAAGCAAAUAAAUUUAGCAUGCCUCUUAA